AUUUUCGUUCAGCUCGAUUCUAUCUCAGGCCCGGUUUGCAGCGUCCGAUGGUACCCGCCACCGACACAUCAGGAAGGGAGUUCGAGGUGUUCCUGAGUUUCAGGGGUUCGGAUACUCGGAAUAACUUCACUAGUUGCCUCUAUCGUGACAUGGUCGAGAAAGGAAUCCGCGUCUUUAAAGACGACGAAGAGCUCCGAGUGGGCGAGAAGAUCGAGAAGCUCUUGAAAGCGCUCAGCGACUCUCAAAUCUAUAUUCCCAUCUUCUCGGAGGACUUUGCUUCCAGUGCGUGGUGUCUCCGCGAGCUUACCCGUAUGGUGGAUUGCACUUCAAAGUCGGAUGGGAAGAAGGAGAUCCUCCCCCUUUUCUUCGACGUGAAGCCGGAGGAUGUCAAGAGCAGAACCGGAUUGUACAGUAAGGCCCUGUCUAAGCUUGAGAAGGAGAAGAAGUAUGACCCCGAUGAGGUGCAUCGCUGGAGAGAUGCCCUUCGUGAGGUUGCAACCAGAGUUGGUUGGAGGCGAGAAGGGAAAGAGUAUGGGGAACUUAUAGGAUUGAUUGUUCGAGAGGUUCAGCUUAAGCUGACGGGGAAGGACAGAUCUCUUCCUGUCCAUUUUGUUGAAACAGAUGAUCUAGAAGAUAUAGUGGAAUUGUUGGAUGCUGACUCUCAUGAUCAUGUACUUUUUGUUAUAAUUAAUGGGAUAGGCGGUAUCGGUAAAUCAACUCUUGCUAGCGUCAUUUUCAACCGAUUUCGGUCUAAAUUCAGCCACAGUAGUUUCCUUGAAGAUGUUCAAAGUCAUGAUCUUUUAGACAUGCAAAAGAAACUGUUAUCCGAAACACUGGGCUCGACAUCCGCUCAAGAAAUCUAUGACACCAACGAUGGGAUCGAUCGCAUAAGAAGAGGACUUGGCGACAAGAAAGUUCUUGUUGUUGUCGAUAAUGUGGACGAGAAGAAGCAACUCACUAACCUCGCAGGGAGCUGUGAUUGGUUCGGUCCCGGAAGUAGGAUAAUUGUCACGGUUAGGGACAAAAGCAAAAUAGAACAUGAGGAGAUGCAAAUGCGACCUAGCAAUUACUUGCCCCACCCAAUAAAGGAAAUGCCUUUGGAUCGAGCAAUUCAACUUUUUAACAAGCAUGCCUUUAGAAGCGACACUCCUCCGGAAGAUUGCUCUGAUCUCUCGGCAAAAGUUGUUUCAAGCAUAGGAAGGCUUCCUUUGACUCUAGAAGUUGUGGGUUCUCUUUUCGCUGGCACUGGCAAAUCAGAAUGGGAGAAGACAUUGAAGGACUUAAUUCAAGUACCACAUGGGGACAUCCGAAAGACGCUGAUGAUAAGUAUCGAUAAAUUGGACCCCGAGAGAAAAAAUAUAUUCCUAGACAUAGCAUGUUUUUGUGUCGGGGAGGACGAGUCUUAUGCAUCUUACAUGUGGGAUGAUUGUGAAUAUUCUCCACAAAGCGCGAUUAGAGUUCUUCGCCUUAUGUCUUUGAUAAAGAUCGACGAGAAUAAUAAGUUCUGGAUGCAUGAUGAACUUCGAUAUUUAGGAAGGUACAUUGUCAAGGAAAAGAAUUUCAAAGAUGCUGGAAAGCGCACUUGGGUUUGGAUUGAUGAGCAGACGUCACGCAUACUAAGGAGUGACAAGGAAAAACCAGCUGUACAAGCACUCAGUCUGGGUAUUACCCAUGACUUAACACCUGAAGAAUUAGCCCAUUUCCCAGAGUUGACGUUCCUUGGAGGGGAAAGAAUGAAUUUCAUCGGUGACUUCAAAGACAGUCUUCCUAAUCUGAGAUGGCUUUCUUGGCGCCAUUGCCCACUGAAUCUCACAGCGACAAAUCUUUGCCCAGUGGGCUUAGUUGUCCUUGAUCUUUCAGAGAGCAAUAUCACCCAUGAUUGGGUUGGAUGGAGCCAAAUCGAGGUACCGGCACACCUCACUCAUGUUUGCUUCAAGUUCUAUCAUUUGACAUUUGCCAGCUAGUUGUGUGCUACUGUAUUCUUAUACUUUUCAUGGGC